AGCGAAGCACGCAACGCUAAAGGGCCGUAUACCCGCGCAUCGCACGCGCGCGCGAGAGAGAGAGAGAGAGAGAGAGAGAGAGAGAGAGAGAGAGAGAGAGAGAGAGAGAGAGAGAGAGAGAGAGAGAGAGCGAGAGAGACUCCCGAGCUACAGACGAACCCGCUCGCCAUGUACCGAACCGCGAGACCGCUGCUCGCCAUGCGGCCCCAGACAUUCACCAGAGCGCUUCCCACGGCGAAGAGGAUACCCGCCGCGACGAGGGGCUACGCGGGCAAGGCGAACCCGGCGGACCUGCGCCUGAGUACGCGCCUGAACAAGCAGGCCGCCCUAAAGGACGUCGGCUAUGCCUCUAGCGAGAUGGAAAAGUCCAUGGCCAUGAUACACAUUAUGCUCCCAGGAACCUUCGUCCCCGCCCCCUUCUCCCAGCUCGACAAGUCGCCCGCCGCGCUCUGGGAGUACGGCGUGUCCCUCGUCAAGCAGCGCGCCAAGGACCUGCUCGCCAUCUUCGGGGCCAAGGUCUCGUCGAUGCCGACGUGGACCUCCCGCCCGCGCGCCCGGCUCGACCGCGCCAAGCUCGUCCCCGAGGCCAAGGCCCUGCACCUGCGCCUCGGCGAGGCCAUGGCCGCCGGCGACAAGAACGCCCUCCGCGAGAUCUGCACCCCGCGCCUCUACGAGACCCUCUCGGCCACCGUCUCGCGCCGCCGCCCCGGCGAGCGCCUCACCUGGGAGCUGCUCCGCUACACCGCCCGCCCGCGCGUCGUCAGCCACAAGCUCGCCGUCAUGCCGCCCGUCGGCCGCGGCCCCGUCAUCCAGCAGGUCGUCGUCGCCAUCAGCAGCGCCCAGAGGCUGGGCAAGAUCGACCGGGCCACCGGCCAGCCGCUCGCCAAGACCGGCCUGCGCGUGCAGAACCAGACCGAGUACCUCGUCAUGACCAGGCAGUUCGACUCCAAGACGUGGGAGCCCAAGAAGUGGGCGGUCUGGGGCAACACCAAGGCCACGACGCUCGAGGACUGGCGCCUGGAGGAGAAGGGCAUCCAGCACAUGGAGAAGCAGGACUUUGCCAAGAGGCGGGGAGGUCUGUAGGCUAUUCUAUUUUUAUUUUUAUUUUUAUUUUUAUUUUUGCGGCAGGAGACAAAACAACUUUGUGUGUACGAGGCUUUUGCGGAACAAAAAACAUGUAAUGAGUGUAUUAUACGUGUUUGAUUAACUGGUUAUAGAACGGGCCUUGGGGUUGCAAAGGAGCAACAAAAGACCCAGCAACCACGAAUACAAAAAAAAAAAAAAAAAAAAAAAAAACU